GAGAGAGAGAGAGAGAGAGAGAGAGAGCAAGCACGCACGCACAAUUCAGGCAGAGACAGCAGCUGGCUGUCAGCAUCAGGGACAAGAGGAGUUGAACAAGGAAAGAAAGAAUACAGAGACAGUCAAAAAUGGAAGGAGAGCUGACAUGAAGUGAAGACAACAGAAAGAAAAACACAAAGGACAAACAUCUAACCCUGCUGCACCACUGGGGCAGGAUGCCUCACAGUGACUUUCAGAAUGAACUCUACACAAUUGGUGAAAAGUUACUGAAUAAAUUCCAGAGAUUACCAAAGGCGGAUAUAUCGGAAAUUGCGUUCUUUUUUGUCAUUGUCUUGUUCAUUGCUACAAUAAUUGUAAUGAUGAUCAUAGCCUGCAGCUAUUGCUGCUUCAACUGUGGCAAUGGGAGCCCAGAUCCCAAAGGCAGGAGGACCCGUGUUCAGCCAGCAGCCCAUAAGUGAGAAUGCAUUGCAAAAAAGUGUGGAAAUUCUAAGGAAUGAAUAUGAAGCAACUGCUGUCAGCCACCACAGAGGAAACCUUGCACAGCAAUUGACCAACAAGAUGGUAAAAAGGUGGAUGACAAAUAUCAAGCAAAAAAAGGGGAGAAAUCCUACAUCAACUAGGAUUUUGUGCCACAGCUACCACAUGACUAUAUAAUAGAGUCCACAGUAUUUGUCUCUCUUCCUUAACAGACAUUUUAGUAUUAAAAUACUAAGAUUGCCAUAGCUUGCCUGGAUAUGAAUCCCAACGUAAAACCAAAAAGAGCAAAAGCCAUGAACAAUCCUAAGAAAACUUACAUACUUGUACAAAAGGGAGAGUUGCAGGGAGAUCCUGGACACCACGACUCUCCAUUCUGAGCUUCAAGCUACAUGCAAGUACUCAACGCUUGACACAGCAACUACAAUAUGAGCCCCAUUUCUUCCUUGCUGACCAACGAUCUACAGCAAAGAACACUAAACCACAGAAUGUCUGACUGAGUGAUCCAUUCAGGAGAUGAUGCAGCUUUGCAGUUAACAUAUGAGUUCAGAGACUAGGAAGCCAGGUGGCGACAAAGGCCCCCCCCUCAGACAUGACAGCUGCCAAAGAGAACACACAGACUAUAUGUAAUAGCCAUUGUCUGCGUAGGGAUGAGGGUGAAACAAUACCUAGCCCCCAAAACACUGUGUUGUUUUGUUUGUUCACUUCGCAGUGAUUGCUAAUAAGCAAACAGAAAAUGCCUUGUUUUCUCUUCCAUUCAAAAACUUUGCUGUAUUUGCUAUAAACUCAGUAUUUAGUAUGAUGAAAGAGGAAGAAGAGAU